CUGACCAUGAACCAGACCAAACCAUUCUCAAUAGUCUAUGGCUUAGUUUGGUCAACAAUUUUUUUUCUAACGGUCUAGUGUAUUUUCCCAACCAUAUUCUAAUCCGUGAGUAAUUUAUUUUAAAUGUUAGUCAACUUGUCUAAACUCUAAUGACAAGUUGGGGUGGUUGAGAGUUUUAACCCACAACUCAACCGCUCCAAUUCCCACCCAUCCAAUCCAACCCAAAGAAGAAUAUGAGCACAUGAAUAACGAGUCACAAUCAUAUCAACUCGUUAAUAAACCGGCAUAUCAAUUAGAGACCGGAACCCACCCGACCCACCACCCACCCACCCCAGUUCUGAGAUGGAAAGGAAGCGGCAAGGUAACAAGGGAGCUAGGUUUAACCUGAAAACCACGGCAGAUAGGAAAGAUGAUGACUCAGUGAGACAAUUGGCAUCUUCCUACACUACACAUAUCUAGCUUUGGAUUCUUAUGGAGGAGGAGGGCCAUUGCCUGAAAGUAGACGUUGCAAAUCUGGUCCAUACACCGCCCAAACCCAUACCCAAUCUUUACUAUUGUCUCUGUCCAUUUCCUGAACAGACGUGAUGCAAGUUUAUGAGAGGCUAUUGUGAGCUCUCAAAGGAGCUUUACACCAAUUAAGAAGGACCAGAUGGAACUUCGUGUGGUUCUAUAGUGGGCUUGUUUGCAGCUUAAUCUGAGCUCAUAAGUGCAAAUCUCAAGCUCAAGAGUUCUCGAGAUAUGUUCGUUAAUCUAAUCAAAUGAUCAUUCAUGUAGUUUCUUGAAAGUUGAAACUAGUUGGAUCACUAACUGUUAAGGUACAAUCCAAGUACCACAUCAGAAAUACAAGGGAAGGAACCGUUGUAUAUAAGAGUCCACCUAGCCCAAUUAGUAUGAGGCCUUUUGGGAAGGACACCCAAGAGUAAAACCGUGCGGGUUUGACCCUAAGCGGACAAUAUCUUACUAAUUGAGCACCACGGUGUUUGACACUAACUAAAAAAAAAAUCCAACUUAGUUUUGGUAUGAGACUAUGGGACUGAAAUUCAAACCUCAAAUGACUCUAUUUUUAUAUUUUAAUUUUAUGUCGAGGAAUUAUUCGUCAAAGUUAAGUUAAACCCUAAUCACCGUGAUCAAUCAUGGUUGUCAUGAUAGCAAAUGAUUCCAGAUAGAUAGGAUUGAUUUACAUUCUCUCAUAUAUAAGAUAUGAAGGAGAGGAACGUUUUGGAGCUCGAAAUUGAUUCGUAAUUAUUACUUGCAUGAAAUAUUUCCACGAUCUUUAACUUGUUAUGGAAAUUUGGUUAAGGAUUAUAAUGUGUAAGUCUACACUCUACAGUCUACAUUAUACGUACUUCAUUGCUUCUCCCUGUUACCUACCGAUUCCCCUUUUGAGAGAAGGGCUUGGGCUCUUGUUCAAGGCCUUCGAGCCCAUAUAUUCUUAAUGGACUUAUUUGGCUUGUUCUACUUGCAUCUUAUUGAACACGUGAAAAUCUACAUCUACAAAUAUAUUAUAGUGGAGUUAGAAACAGUUAUUCAGGAUUUUAAAAUUGCAGGCCAGAGAGCAAUUUUCGGAGACCCAAUUUAGGAAUUGUACAACCCAAUAAAACGAGGCUUUUUGUGUGUUUCGUCUGGCCCAAUAGCUUGCUUGCUGAAGAUAAAGGGAGUGUAGGCCCGUAUCUGGGCCCAAAUUGCUAUUAAAUGAUGAAACACGGGCGACUUGACCCCAUACCCCACAAAUAAAAUAAAAAUAAUAAUAAAUUACAAUGGUUUAUCUUCCAAAUCAGAAACAGAACACUAAUCGACGCAAUCCCUCUACACUCGACCUAGCGACGACCUGCUCGCCGGCUUGCAUCCCUAGUCACUCACACCGGCGGUGCAGCUCCUCCACGACGACCUACUCGCCGGCUUGCAUCCCCACCCCAGUCGCUCACACCGGCGGUGCAGCUCUUCCUUGGCGUUCUCCCGUCACUCUCCGAAUCCGUUCUCUAGCGGCCAGCGCCGAUAACCAAUUGGAACUACGGGACGAACCUGCUCGCCGGCAUCUCAUCACCAGUCACUCACACCGGCGGCGCCGCCGCCGGAUUGAAUCCCCAGUCAUUCACACCGGCAGUGCUCCUCCGAUCCGCCUUUGCUUUCUCCCCGUGACUCUCCGACUCCGUGCACUACAACUCUCCUGAUUCAAAAUCCCCCUCCUACCCACCUUCUCUCUGCAUCUGGUUCAACAUAUAGACUAUGCUUGACGUAGCUUCCAGCAUCGGCGAGUCAUCUUCUUCGCAUAUUGAAGAUUACUUGGAUCGAAGCAAUGUACCGUGUAAGAUUUCUCCUUCUACGUAACUAGCCGAGUUCAAUUACAAAGUAAAAGGCCUUGCAGGAUUGUUAAUUUUACAUCUUCCACGACUAUCUACAGGACAACAAUCUUUGAUUCCUUUCAAUUUAUGGGAAACUUUAUAUCUUUCAAACAUGUCGCAAUAGUUAGGGGAACAGAGGAAAACAAUAUGCCACACGGAGACCUUUUAAUCCAUGAUUAUAAGAUGCCAACAGGCAUAUGACCAUGCCAAGAAACACAUUUUUGGGUUUUUGAGAAAGCAAGUGUACAGGCAUAAGUUGCUAGACCAAAUCCCUCUACUCCAGCGUUUCCCAAACCUUGAUCCGUAUAUGCGAAAUCCACCCGCUAAUUGUGCUACUUAUCUCUCGCAGGGAAGGGUCGUGCCAUUUUCUUACCACCUGAAACUGCUCCCCCCGCCCCAAAGGACCCCAGGGUAUAUGAAGCAGGUAAGUUCGUAUUCUUUCCCGUGAUCAUAUUAUUAUUCUACCUUAUUAUAACAUCAUUGGAAGAGUGGUUCUUAUUCACGUGCAGAGUUAGAGGCAAUGCAGACUGAGCUGGAAAAACUUACCUCCAACUUUGUUAGUGUUGCGCGACAACGACGACGUGUUAUACUUACAACUAAGCGAUCCGUACUGCCACACAUAUGGGAGACACACGUAAGUGAAUAUAUUUGUUUCAUAGUCGUUUUUCACCGCAACCUAUAAUUUAUUCAUAUAAUUUGUCACUCCUAAUAGCAUAAUUAUUUAUACUAAAUAAAUAUCAUUUACAAAUUUCAGUUACAUCUCUACAAACCCAGUUCACAAAGCUUAAUGCUGCACGCAAUAGAAUGUCGAGGCGAGCAGGUGUCGGACGAGAGUACGAGUUACCAACAUCAGAUGAAAUUGCUGCCUUAAUUGUUGAUGAAGCCGGAGAAGAAAUGUUUGGGCAUGAUAUUAUUGUUCAACAUUGUACGUUGGAAAUGGAGCAAAUUUCAAUGUACCAUCCGAGCUUGAUGCCUUUGCAGUACCCUAUUUUGUUCCCAUAUGGGGAGGAUGGGUGGCAUCCAGAGUUAUUCUAUUAUGAUGGUCAAUUUAUGGAAGGAGAUGAUGAGGAUGGUAUAGGCCAAAGAAAUAUGAGUCAAUGUGAUUAUUAUAGCUAUGUACUUCAGACGCGAUUGGAGCAGUCAAAUUCAUUUCUGUUAGCUGGAAAACUGUUGCAAUAGUAUAUGGUAAAUGCUUACGCGUUGGUUGAAGCAGAACGACUCGCUUGGAUUCGCAAUAAUCAGGCAACAUUGCGUGCUCAUUAUUUUCAAGGACUGUUGGAUUCAUUUAUGAGAGGUGACACAGACUUGGAAUUAUCUGGAAAACAUGUUAUUUUAGCUGCAUCGCAUACAGGUAGCCCACGCUACAAAUAUGAGAAUUUUCAAGAUGCGAUGGCAAUCUGUCGUUCCCUAGGCUAUCCAGAUUUGUUUAUAACAUUUACAUGCAACGCCAAUUGGCCUGAAAUUCAAUUAAUGAGUGAUCUGUUGGCCCUGCGGGGCAUAAAAGAUCCAAAUCGUGCUGAUGCUAUUGCUCGAGUGUACAAGAUGAAGUUAAAUCAGUUGAUGUAUGAAAUCAAGGAUCGACAUAUUUUUGGGAAGACAUGUGCACGUAAGUUUUAUCUCUUUCUCAAUGCAAUUCAUCAUUGAAAUAAUUGGAGUAUGCUUUAUGGUGUUUUAAUUUAUUGUUCUUUGCUUGAUGUCUUUUGUUUAUUUAUGUUUUCUCUGAUAUGGUUAAUUUAUUGCUGAAUUGUUGUUCAAGAACUUGAUAGGAGCUUUUAGGCUCUUUGCAUAAUCUUUUGGUGUCUGCUUAUCACCUCCUAUCUAGCGUGUUUCACAGUCAAAGUACAGUUGGGAAUACAUGUUUACAAAUAGCCCCAUCAUCGUUCCUUAAAUAAUUGUAUGAUAGUAAUAGUUUUUUUUAACAGUUAUGAUACUUCAUGUUUAUGCCUCUUUGCUAAUGGUGUUUACCUUUUUCAUCAACAUAUGUGAGGGCUCUAGAGUUCCAGAAACGAGGCCUCCCCCAUUCCCAUAUUUUGGUUUUCUUAGCAGCUGAAGACAAAUUGUGUGGAACCACGGACAUUGAUUCAAUCAUCUCAGCUGAAAUUCCUGAUCUUGCUAUUGAUCCAGAAGGAUAUGAGGUAGUUUGUAAUUUUAUGUUACAUGGACCUUGUGGAGCUGCUGGACCCAAGUCGCCUUGCAUGAAAAAUGGAGAAUGUUCUAAGCACUUUCCUAAACAAUAUUGCAGUCAGACAACUAUAGAUGAGAAUGGGUUUGCAAAAUAUCGGCGACGUAAUAAUAACAGAUUUGUAAACGUCAAAGGUGUGGCUUUGGAUAAUCUAUUCGUGGUUCCGUACAAUCGAUAUCUACUAUUGCGGUUCCAAGCUCACAUAAAUGUGGAAUUUUGCAAUAAGUCAAGGUAUUUUUUUGUCCUUUUUAAUUACUGUUAGUUUCAAUCUUCAUUACACAGGUUUUUUCUGUUGGGACAACCCAUAAGAAAAUUUUAGUUCUGUUUUAUUUCUAUUUGAAAUAUACUUAGUGUAGGAUU